CGUGGCGAAAUGAGGAAGGACAGGACUGAGGCGGGGCGCGCGCGUCAGGAAGAUGGCGUUGCGUCUGCUGCGGAGAGCGCUCCGAGGGACGGCGGCGGCGGUGCUGCCGAGGCUAAAAAUGGCAGUGUUAACUCUCAGAGGUUCUACCAGACGCCUGAGUGCCACACGAAGAGCAACUCUGAAAGGAAACCAUUUCUGGCAGCUGAUGUGCCCAGGCUUGGAUAUAGUUCCUCAUCCAAUCACAGGUACAUUCCCCGGAGGGCAGUGCUCUAUGUACCUGGAAAUGAUGAAAAGAAAAUAAAGAAGAUUCCCUCCCUGAAUGUAGAUUGUGCAGUGCUCGACUGCGAGGAUGGUGUGGCUAUGAACAAAAAGGAUGAAGCUCGACUGAGAAUAGUAAAAACGCUUGAAGACUUUGAUCUGGGCCCAACCGAAAAGUGUGUGAGAGUCAACUCGGUGUCCAGCGGUCUGGCCGACGAGGACCUGGAGACCCUCCUGCAGUCCCGGGUCCUUCCCUCUAGCCUGAUGCUGCCCAAGGUGGAGAGUCCUGAAGAAAUCCAGUGGUUUUCAGACAAAUUUUCCUUCUACUUAAAAGGCCGAAAACUUGAACAACCUAUGAAUUUAAUCCCUUUUGUGGAAACUGCAAUGGGUUUGCUCAAUUUUAAGGCCGUGUGUGAAGAAGCACUAAACACCGGACCUCAAGUGGGUCUUUUUCUAGAUGCAGUCGUUUUUGGAGGAGAAGACUUUCGAGCCAGCAUAGGUGCAACAAGUAGUAAAGAAACCCAAGAUAUUCUGUAUGCCCGACAGAAGAUUAUCGUUACAGCAAAGGCCUUUGGUCUGCAGGCCAUAGAUCUGGUGUACAUCGACUUUCGAGAUGGAGAGGGGCUCCUCAGGCAGUCAAGGGAAGGAGCUGCAAUGGGAUUUACCGUGUCUAUGCACCUGGCGACACCUACGGGCUUUGGCUGGCACUAAGAUCUGCAAGUCCCCCCGCAAUCCGGUUCUGGAGCGCAGGCAGAUAUCUGUUGAUUGGUGUGUCUGAUCACUCAGAUCCCCAGGAGUCCGGGUAGCAACCGAAAAUUGUGUUUUUGCAACAGAAAUCCAUUUUUUUCAAAACCACAAUAGGAUUCUACACACAAACCCACGUCCACAGUUGUGUGUACUCACACACUCAUGCACGCAACCAUGGAUAAGAGACACCAUAAGCUCUUUUAUUCUUAUUUAUUCUUCUGCUGCAAGUUCUAAGAAGAUCAUGAUCAUAAAUGAACUCAAAUAAUAAGGAAAAGAGACAAACAUCCUUUCUAUCCCUUUUGUAAACAUUUUUGAAGUUUGUCCAGUUAGGGAUUACUGAAAGAAAUAUUUCAUAAAGUGACCUUAAAUGUAAAACAUAUCUUAAUGGACGAUGGUUUAACCCCAAAUAAAAUUAAACAAGUUAAGAAACAAUUUUAGUGUUAUAUUAGACUUAAAUAAAGUUCUGACGUUUGUUUUUGUGUUUUUAACAUGAAGAGUUAAAACAAAAUGUGAUUCCCCAAAUUUGUUUAAUAAAUAAAUGAGUAAAUAAAUGUGAUCUCUUAUAGAGAAAUAUUUUCCAAUCAUCUGAAUUAUUAAUAAAUGAACCCUCCCUACAUUUAAUAGUGACUAAGAACGAAAGAGUCCCUCUCUCCUGGCCCUGAGGUUGUCCUUGUUCCUGUGGCCUGUUACACCUGCCUCUUUCCAAUGACCAGUUAGGACAUAGCCCAAAUGGAAAAGUUGGAGAGACACUCCAUGAAAUCUACCUAAUAGACCUCGAUGUUGUUGGUCUAAAAUGUGUGCCAUUGGCUACCAAGCAGCCAGAUGUUGCUGUGAAAUGGGCGCUAAUUCAAUAAAAAAAAAAAAAAAUUGAAAACACUGAAUUGAUGGGCGCCUGGGUGGCUCAGAUGGUUAAGCGUCUGCCUUCGGCUCAGGUCAUGAUCCCAGGGUCCUGGGAUCGAGUCCCGCAUCGGGCUCCCUGCUCCUUGGGAGCCUGCUUCUCCUCUGCCUCUCUCUCUCUGUCUCUCAUGAAUAAAUAAAUAAAAUCUUAAAAAAAAAAAAAAAAAGAAAACACUGAAUUGGUGCUGGCCUGUAUCACCCUCACUCAGUAUAACCUGGGUGUCCUCAGCUACCUCUGGGGUAAAUGUUUGUUCCAGAACUUAUAAAGGAGUUUGAGAAUUUCUCCAAGAAACAGGGCUGAAUUAAAUUGGUUGCUAAUUCAAUCGCAGAAGACAAGCUACUUCAAAUCAGAUUUAAAUUUUCCUAGAACUGUGCCCAACUCAGCAAGAGGAGCUUACGGGCUUGGCAGUAUUGUUUCUCAACAUCAGGGAGUAUUAAAUCACACACACACAAAAAUGGAAGCAGGGGGAGAAUGGGGAGGCAGAGUGGGUACAGUGCCCAUUAUGUAUUCAAGUGAACAAGUCAGUAAAGUAGGGAGCUACACUUCAUAACCAUUUUCCAAUUUUUAGAAAGAAGGUCUUUGUAGUCCCAAUUAUAUUGCUACAUACCAGUAAAAGGUAAUUAGUCUGAUAAUAAGAUACGAGAUUAUUUGUAGUAUUUUGAAACAAUAAGGGCUUUGAUUAUUUUAGACCCAGUUGUCAUCUGUUUGUCCUAAUUAUUUGUCAUUUAAUUGCCCCAUAACUUGGGCUUUGCACAAGCAGGGAGGAAAGCGAGGAAGGAAGGAGAAAUACACACCCUCUCUGAAGCAGGUGGUUGAAAAGUUUUAAAAUCUAAUGAAGGUAUCAUGUUACCCCUAACACUGAGGAGCAACACUCAGUCUAUGCUAUAAGGAUUUUCUCUACUUUUAAAAAUUAUACAUUUUUUUUAAUGAGUUGUAUUUUUUUAUAAGUUAGCCGUGCAUCUCUUCUGCAGUCAUUAUUUCAUGGGGCCACAGCCCAUGCGGAUUGAUUUUAAAUCAAUGCAUUGGCCAUAUAAGUGGCUAUUAACAUUAGGAAUUAUUUUUAUAAAAAGAAACCAAAACUAAAUCUUGGAAUAAAGCUUCAACAGCUGACUUGGUCAUCACAGUUACUGCAGUCCUGCAUGCUGAGAAGAAAGAUGAUAAAUAUGAAGCACUGUAGGUUUUCUUCUUUUUUGCAGUCUUUUGUAGAAGACAAAAAUGACACCAUCAUACAGUCACCUAAAAGACUUGACAGGUAUUGAUUUAAAGCACGAUAUAUCAAGUGGUACUGUAAAAAGGAUUUCAUGGUCAUAAAUUUUAACGUCUUCCAAUUUUGCACCCUCAGUAACUUGCCAAUAACAGCUCUUCUGUAUAAAAUAUUUCCUUCACUCCCACGUGGCAUUAAAGUCUGAUGUUCCGUUGUUGGGGUAUACAAGAAUCAGCCACAGAUUACUUCAUGCGUGGAUGUUCACAAAUUUCUAAAACUUAACACGUAUCCUAAAAUUAGCCUCACUACCAAAAUACUGGUACUCGCAGGCCAUCAGUGGUUUCCCAGUAUUUCUAGAUAGUUUAUGUUUUGCUCAAGUCAUAGUGUCUGUACCAAGAAGUUCCCGUGAAAUCUGGCUUUUUACACAUCUGUGUAAAUUAUGUACAUAAAUUACAAAAUUCAGGUCUAACAAUUAGUACAAAAUGACUACCAGAACUGACAUCCUUUAUUAAUAAUAUUGUAACAACUAUUAGAUGACUUAAAUAUAAUUGCAAUACCUACUAUUGAAAAAAGCUCUCAUUUGUCAUCACUAGUAUUAUUUGUUCCCUGAAAUUAUUCCUCAAUUUUAGUAUAUGUGCUGCCGAAGUGAGCACGAUUCCUCAAAUAAUUUAAAGCAUCUUUAGUUGUACAGGGUUUUAAUGUUUUAUUAGUAUGCUGACAGAUUAGAAUGAAAUAAUAGCAAGGUGAAGGUGUUCUAAUUAUGCUACUAGAAGAAAAGGUACUGCUAUAUUUAUUCACUUGAACUCUUUUCCAUGAAAUACUAAAAAAAUUUUUUUACAAAUAUUGGGGUUUUUUUUCUAUUCAAUAAUGACAGUAACAGGAAUUAUCUUUUUUAAAACAUCGAGGGUAUAAAUUGUACUGGCUAAAUGUUAAAACAACUAUUUCAAAAGCAAAGCAAAUUGAUAUAUGGACGAAUAUAUUUAGGAGAGCAAAUUAUCAUUAAGUGCACAUUCAUUUUUAA